AUGUCUCUUACUUCCACCGCAGUUCGACCGGGAGUAAAAGGGAAGACGGGAAAUUGGUCCAGUGUAUUUCCACAGGGACAACUAACAGAGCAGCAGUCUGCACUCUUUGUAAAGAAAUUACUGGCUGUUGCACUUUCCAACAUUACGUAUCUAAGAGCUAUCUUUCCUGAACAUGCUUUUGGAGAUAGGUGUCUAGAAGAUUUAAAUCUGAAAAUUUUAAGAGAUGACAGUGCUUGUCCAGGUGCUUGUCAGUUAAUCAAAUGGGUGAAAGGUUGCUUUGAAGCUCUUGAUAAGAAAUAUAUUUAUGUUGAUCCAGAUGAUCCAGAGACUUUGAUCGAGUCAUAUACAUUCAAGUUUCACUAUCAAAAUAAUGGAGGCAUUAGCAUCUACAGGAAUGAAAAUAAAAUAAGUUCAGCCUACAGUGACAGUGAGACCAAAAAAGCAACUGUACGCUUACUGAGAACAAUCAUAGUUCUCACUCAAACAUUGGCAUCAUUGCCUGAUGAUGUAUUCAUGACUAUGAAGCUACUCUAUUAUGAUGAUGUGACUCCUGAAGACUAUGAACCCCAAGGUUUCAAGCCUUCUGACUCUGAUAAAUUCAAGUAUGAAUUUGAACCAAUGAAUAUCAAAGUAGGAGAUGUUGAAACUAAUGAUGAUGCAACUGAAGUAGUUGAAGAGGAAACAAGUGAAUAUGAUAAUGCGAUGAUGACAACUGUUGGACUUGAUGAAGGCAAAGAUAAUGAAGAUGAACCAAUGCAAGAGAAUUAUGACAAUCAAUCGUUAUCUAUGAAUUCCCACCAACAUAAGUCAAACAGUCAGGAAGAACCCAUACCAUGUCCUGAUGUACCAUGUGAGAGUCCAGCUAAACCAGGAAUUAAUGAAGUAGCAUCAACACCAGCUUCUCAAACUAGCAACCUAGAAGAAAGCCAAGAAGAAUAUAAAGUUAGAUGUCCAUGUGGAUGUAAUGAGGAAGAUGGCUUGAUGGUGAAAUGUGAAGGAUGCAAGUUUUGGCAACAUGCUAUAUGUUUUGGUAUGACAGAUGAAAAUGAAGUUCCAGAUGUUCAUAACUGUGAUGUCUGUGCAGAUUCUAAUGAUGUCUUUAGAAGGCCAACAGAUUUCAUAUUGUAUGGUAUGAAUUCAGUAAAUGUUCAAGCGAUGUGUUUGUGGCGUCGUUCAUUGCUUGCUUGCACCGAGUUUAAGCGACUGAUUGCGCCAAAUUUUUCCAGAAGACUUGGUGUUGAAAUGAAUGUAGCUCAAGGUCUUAUCAACCGUCUUCAAAAAGAAGGAUUUGUACGUGCACCAGCAAAAGGUAAACGGCUUGGCAAAAUUGUGAAUAUAGACAAGGUAACGGAGGUUGGACUACAAAGGUACUGUAAACGAUCAACAACACCUGAAGAAAGCAAUAAUUCACCAGUGAAUCCAUCUCAAAGCAAGCCAAAACAAGCUAACAAAUCACAACCAAUGGAUUCACAAGAGAAACUCUCAAAAAAAGAUGAGAUUGAACAACUGACAUCCAAGACAUCAAGGAUGGACAUGUCUGGCAAAUCGCUUGGUAAAAGGUCAAAGAGAGUGAAAGAUAUCCAACAAGAACAGCCACGUCAAAGUCCACGUUUCCAGAAGCGAAGAUUUGAUGAGCGUGAAACCAAAAUUGUUUCAAGAACUGACCAGAGUGUAUAUGAAAUUUCCAGUAGUCAAGAUCCUGAUGAUAGCAUGAUGAGUACUGGUCGGAAGAAGCACAAAGCAAGCAUAGCUGGAAAGUCGGUCAUGGUUUAA